CGUUAUAUUAUCUUAGAGCUCAACGUGUAUGGAAUAAGUCCUGUAUCAAAGAAAAGAAAUGGUUCAAAAAUUAUCCUUAGAAGUUCUCGUUACCGUUCUGGGAUGCAUAAAUGUAGUGACAUCCAGCCAUUUUCGUGGUGGUUCAAUCUUCUGGAAACCUACUGGUAACGGUUACGAGGUCGAAUUCAGCGCUAAGCUAGGAUAUGAAUAUGGAUGGAAUUCGUGUAGUUCAAGUAACCUUAACGUGUACCAAACCUCAACGGACGUGGCCUGGAAAUGCGUUUCUGGAUGUCCAGUGAACGGGACGGUGGUUAACGCAAACAGGCCAGGAUUUACGUGCACUGGGUUUGAUAUUGCGCAAGAUUGGGAAAGAACUGAAAGCACAUUCAGUUACGUCUUUCCUGGUGCAGGAACUUACGUCAUUGAGUAUACAGAUGGAGCAUGGAUUAACGCACUAGGAAGUGGAAACUGGAGAUUAACAACCACUGUAAAUUUGCAUUCACGUUCAGACACUCACGCCCCAAACUUCAGUCCCGUUGUGCCAGCCAAACCCGUAUACAAUGUUAUAUACGGAUGUAAGGAGACGUUCCGGUUACCGGUGUCUGAUGCAGAUGGUGACCACGUGACGUGCAGAUGGGCAACGGGUUCUGAGUGUGCUAGUGUUUGUCACUCUGCAGGAAAGGCACCAGUAGCAACCCUUCAAACGAAUUGUGACUUAACAAUAGAUGCUACCCAAAACAAAUCUGGCGUCUACGCCUUGGCAAUUACGAUUGAGGACAAACCUACAUCAACAAUAACUAUCGGAAGCACACCGUAUGCACCUUCGAGGGUCAUAUCAUCGGUGCCUCUACAGUUUGUAUUGUUGACACCCGACCUUCCUACCAGGUCUUGCUCUGAUAAGCCCAUUUUUCUGGAUCCAACUCCAUCACAAAAUGACGUUCUUGUGUACAGACAAGGGGACAUUGUUUAUUUGAGCUUCUAUGCAACAUCAAGGGCGACAACCAUCAGAUCAUUCACACUUCUUGAUCCACCAAUCAAUAUUAGACAGUCAGCCCUCCGCAACGACGACAGGUUCCGGCCUGCAGUCUAUGCGAUAGACAUCACGUGGUCACCAGUGGCUGCUGACAGGGGCUCUAAAACUAUCUGUGUGGAGGCGACAGACAAUUAUACGAUGAGUACCCAGCAUUGUGUGACACUUGUUGUCUGGGAUACUAGCCCAUGCGACAGUUCACCAUGUAAACACAAUGGAACCUGUGAACGUCAAGGAUACAUGGACAACUAUAACUGCGCAUGCGUACCAGGUUUUACGGGACACGACUGCAAAAUAGACAUUGACGAGUGUGCUAGCAGCCCAUGCCAACACAACGGGACGUGCUCUGACCAAGUUAACGGAUUCUUCUGUGGAUGUCUUGCUGGAUACACCGGCUAUGACUGUGGAAUAGAUAUUGACGAGUGUGCUAGCAGCCCAUGCCAACACAACGGUACCUGCUUUGAUCUAGUUAACGCGUUCUUCUGUCUAUGUCUGGAUGGAUACACCGGCUUUGACUGUGGGAUAGACAUUAACGAGUGUGCUAGCAUCCCAUGCAAACACAAUGGGACCUGCUUUGACCUAGUUAACGAGUUCUUCUGUGGAUGCCCUGUUGGAUACACUGACCUUGACUGUGGAAUAGAUAUAAAUGAAUGUACGGCCCAGCCUUGCUAUAAUGGCGGGACAUGUGUUGAUCUUGUUGGAUCUUCCGUUUGUCUGUGCAAACCAUGGUUUACUGGCAAGAUUUGCCAAACAGGUGUUGACACAUGCGAAUCCAUGCCGUGUAAAAACGACGGGAUCUGCCUGUUUAACGAGUCAAGAGGAUACUUCUGCGACUGUCAAAAUGGCUGGGUUGGCAGACAAUGUGGCUAUAGGCUUGAGAACGAAACGUUUUUCAAGGGUGAAAAAAAUGGAAUGACUGACGAGUACCUUCACUACUCCGACUGUGAUUGUGUACUAGGUUCGGGUCGCCAGGAGUACUGCUACAUGUACACUCUUAACAAACACUCUGGAUUUGGAAUUCUUGCCGUCCUGCUUGGAAUCCUGUCAUCGAUGAUUUUGUAUUUUCUGUUUUACUGCGUUUUCAACAAAUCCCUACCUUGUUUUCAUAACCGAAUAUCGCAAGAAUGGGAUCACGAAGAAAAAGAUGUCUUACCUGAAACACUAGAAGAAGAAAAAGUAGAAAAAGAAAAUGAAGUGUGUGAUACACACUUGGAGAAAAAUAAAGAAGUGAAAGUAUCUCCUCUAGAAAAACUGGACGCACCUAAUAAACGCAAACAUCACUGUUGGGCUUGCGAAGUUAAAUACAACAAUGCGCCCGCCCCACUGUGGUAUAGGAAGGACUUUAAGAAAUAUUGAGUUAACACUGUCAUGCUUUUGUAAUAUUCGAUUUACUAUGUUCGUCGAUUGGUGUUUCGUUGUAUAUACUCUCACAUAAUUAAUUUUGAUAAAUGUUUGAAUACGUUUAAGGUUGAAUACCCUUUUCUGAAGUCUAUCCAAAAAACAGAUAUUUUGACUAUCAGAUACAUUUUCAAUCUUUUUGGCACUUGAUCAAGCGAAA